AUGCCCAUAGCCAAAGAGUGGCUUCUUGCAAUCUCAGAAUUGUGGGAGAAUGUAAAGGAGGGGAAGCUUUUAUCCGAGGUUGAACAUCGACCUGCACUCUGGAAGGAUUACGUCUGUGGCUUCCCAACACUCGCGGAUGUGACAGGAAACAAGCCCAGAUUUCCCGUUUCUGUUGUCGACUAUGAUGACGUUGUCGUCUAUGAGCAACAUAAUCAGCGUCCCGUCAAGCUGGUUUACUUAUUUUCCAGAUCCGAAGUUGGUGAGCUUUAUUUGUUUCAUGGCUAUCACUUCAUGGAUUUCUUGGGCGAAGUGGGCGGGCUCCCUUCUGCAAGGGACUGGAAAAAGACCUUGAAAACUCAGGCAGCUGAGCAGGCGACGUUUGUGCUAGCGAAGGCACCAGGGUUGAGAGGCCCUCGUGUUGUGUGCGCGUAUCUUGAGCCUUGGGGCGAGUGUGUGGAUGACUACCGCGAGAGGGUUGCCUUAGGUGGAAAGGUUUGGACAGAUUGCUUGGAUUAG